CGUCGAGAGCUGAUAAGACCGGGUGUUUGCACUGUUUGCUCGGGCUACUUUACUUUAUCAGUCACCUGUUUGGCUCCGUCGACAACUUCGUCACUGCGUCAUUUCCUCCUCCCUCAUGGCAUCCACCGUACGGAGUAUAUGGAGCGUAUAUGUCGAUCAUUGGGGUUCAUUCCCAUCUCACGUCUUCUGUGUCGGUCUCGGGGCCCUUGGAGAACGCCCCGGGUAGCUUACGCUCUGCCGAAACAGCAUGCCCGGCUUAAUUCUACGGUCGCUGCUGCUCCAGCCUCGCAUGGCGAUGCUAUAGUUCUCCGCGACUAUCAGGAGGAAUGCAUACAGUCGAUCCUCGACCACGUGGACCAGGGCCACAGGCGACUGGGGGUCUCGCUAGCUACAGGCUCCGGCAAAACUGUGAUCUUUACUCAACUAAUUGGGCGCAUUCCGCCGCGUGCUGAGAAGAGAGACCAGACCUUGAUCGUUGUUCAUCGACGUGAACUUGUCGACCAAGCGUUCCGACACUGUCAGCUCGCCUAUGGCUCAACCAAGAAGAUCGAGGUCGAAAUGGGAUCUGAGGAGGCCACGGGUUAUGCAGAUAUUACCGUCGCGUCUGUUCGCAGUCUGACGUCGCGUGAGCGGAUCGAUAAGUUUGACCCUAGCAGAUUCAAGCUUAUUCUGGUCGAUGAGGCACACCAUAUUGUUGCGCCGUCCUACCGUACAGUCCUCGAUCAUUUCGGACUCGGCGAGGCGUCCUCCGACUCACCUGUGCUUGUCGGUGUGUCGGCGACGCUCUCGCGGCAUGACGGAUUCAAAUUAGGCAGUGCGAUCGACCACAUUGUCUAUCACAAGGAUUACAUGGAAAUGAUCGAUGACAAAUGGCUCGCAAAUGCAAUGUUCACCACAGUUCAGUCGCAUGCGAACUUGGCCCGCGUGAGAAAGGACAAGUUCGGUGACUUUGCUAUUGGUGCACUUUCCCGAGCUGUGAACACUCCGACCACCAACGACAUCACCGUGCGCGCGUGGUUUGCCAACGCGCAGGAUCGCAAGUCCACCCUAGUGUUCUGCGUCGAUGUUGAUCACACCAUGCGCCUUACCGAGGCGUUUCGCGCAGCUGGUGUCGAUGCGCGGUACAUCACGGGGCGCACGGACAAGAAAGUGCGUGCUGAACAGCUGGAAAGCUUUAGAAACCGCGAAUUCCCGGUCCUUCUGAACUGCGGUCUAUUCACCGAAGGCACGGACAUUCCUAACAUUGACUGUGUCUUGCUAGCCAGGCCCACGCGGUCCCGCAACCUCCUCAUCCAGAUGAUCGGCCGAGGACUACGGCUCUAUCCCGACAAGAAGGACUGUCACAUUAUCGACAUGGUGGCUACUUUAAACACAGGCGUUAUAAGCACCCCGACCCUAUUCGGUCUAGAUCCCGAUGAAGUGCUCAACAAGGAAAGUUCCAAGAACAUAAAAGACCGCCUGGACUCUGCAGCUGCUGAACCUGAUGGGACCCCAGAACCCGACUCGGAUCCAUACGACCCCCCCGACCAUAUCGACCUCACCUUCACUAAAUACGACACCAUCUACGACCUCAUCCACGACAUGAAAUCCGAGCGCCACAUCCGCUCGAUCAGCCGCUACGCCUGGGUCCGCGUCGGCGAAGACCGAUUCCUCCUCUCCGACUCCAGCGGCUGGCUCACCAUCGAGAAGGAUAGUGGCAACACCGGCGAUCCACCUUGGAAAAUCUUUCACGUCAUCCGGUUCACCUCUGUUGAUAGCGAAACGCCACAGUUUACGCGUCCGCGAUUCAUCGGCAACGCGGAGGAAUUUGAAUCCGCCGUGCACGCGGCCGAUACCUUUGCGGCGUCUCAGUUCGCGGAGCGCUACAUCUCCACAAGUCAGCCCUGGCGACAGCGCCCCGCCACUAAGCCCCAGAUUGAUUUUCUGAACCAGCGCGACAUCCGGAAGAAGAAGUUGAGCACGGCAGAAAAUAUAACCAGAGGUCAAGCGACGGAUCUGAUCACAAAGCUGAGACACGGCGCAAAAAAGCGAUUCCAGGCGGCGAGGAAGAAACGAGAGAAGGAGACGGCCAAGAGAGAGGAAAUCGACAAGUUGAUGGACCGAGCGACCGUUCGUGUUGGGCCGGUUACUGGAUGAACAAGCAGUAAUGUGGACCUAGAACGACGGGGCUCUUGUAUUCUAGAAUACCAUGAUGUACUAUAUAUCUU